AUGGCUUUCUCAGGCCGCCACUCUGUUCGACGACUUGCGCCGUGCCUGUGGCAAAGCCGCCACUUUGCACGACCCGUUUGCCUUUCUGAUCGAGAGAAGAGGCAGCUGGUCGUCCGCGGGCAGAACGUCCCUGUGAGCGAUGAGUUCUGGGAGUAUGUUGCAGACGACCAGUCCGUGAAGGAUGGAGAGGUCUACAGGAACAACACUGAGAACUACGUCGGCACCGUAAAGUAUCCCAUUGGUGCGAUCGGACCGCUUAAGGUGAAUGGUGAGUAUGCCAACCGCGAGUAUGUCGUGCCCAUGGCCACGCAUGAGGGUGCCCUUUUGGCAUCCUACAGCCGCGGAGCCAAGGCCAUCACAGCGGGAGGAGGAGUGACUACGCGAAUAAAGACCAGAUGCAUGGUGCGCGCGCCAGUCUUCAUUUUCGACAACAUUGCUGAUGCUAACGAUUUCUACCGCUGGGCACACCAAGAUGAUACGCAGGCAGCGGUGAAAGACACCUUACACAAGAACAUUGGCCACCUGACGGAAGAACGUACUCGGCUGAGGGUUUUCCAGACAGAUCGCAAAGUGCACAUCUCUGUGGGCAUCGACUCGCAAGACGCAGCUGGGCAGAACAAGGUGACAUAUGCUGGUGAUCUGAUGAUGAAGUACAUGAAGGAGAAUUACAAGAAGCGUAUUCCGGAGAUGUACAUCGAAGGCGGCUUCAAUGCAGGAAAGCGUGUUUCAGUCAUGCACACGCUUCUGGGCAAGGGCCACUCUCUUGUGGCAGAUGUCAUAAUCCCAAAGGAAGUGUGUGAAUCCGUACUUCGCACCACGCCCUACAGGCUGCAGCGUUUUCAGAAGAUGCACAAUCGCACCAACGAGUUCAUCGGCGGAAUCAGCUGCACUGCUCAUGUUGCGAACGGCCUCGCGGCCUUCUACAUUGCCACGGGCAAUGACCCUGCCUGCACUGCGGAGUCGCAAGCCGCCGUGACCCACUUUGACUUGGUGAAUCCUGCCGGCGGCUCGACGAGCCUCUUCGACCAAGAUUUGUACGCAAGCAUCACACUGAACUCAAUCAUCGCCAGGCGCUCAAUCUUUGGAGUGGACUCCUCAAAAGCGCCUCAGUGGUCCAGUGUUCCAGUGGUGCAGUUCCAGUGUUCCAGUGUUCCAGUCGCCUUUGUCAUUGGCCGUCUCUCAACACCGAACCUCGAAGCGUCACGGGAUCGACCCGCGAGGUCGCCAGCAUGGGUGGAGGCACCCAGCUGCCCGCGUUCAAGGCAAGGGGUUCGGAAGUCUGGCCGGAGUUGGGGGGUGACCCCCCAAUCAGAGACACUCGACCGUCCAAGCGGAUACUCCUCCCAACCGACAAUCGCAAACUACAUGAGACGCCAAUCCUACACCGCCCCACCCUGCAAUCGCACACUUUCUCCCUGCCAGCUGGGGCAUAGCAAAGCUGAGGUGUUUUGA